AUGGUGUACAAAGUGCUGCAAAAGUUUAACACAGCGAGCUCGACGGAAGCCUUUCGGCCGUUUCUGCUGCUACUGAAGUGUCUGGGGCUGGCACCCGUCUUCCAGAAUGCGUCCAAUAAGCGAUCGAUUUCGCUGCUGAACGUUAUCCUGUUGCUGCUGAUUGGAACGCUCUACAUCAACGGGCCGUGCCGGCAGAUGCGCCGGGAAAUGAGGCGCUUCCAAAUGUCCCCGCUGGCCGUGAAUAGUCGCAUCUUCACGUACCUGCUCGGGACGCUGGUGUAUCUGCUGACGAUGCUGGUUCACUUCCUGCAGCGUCACCGGCUGGGGUCGCUCUUCCGGGCGUUCCACGCCAUCGAUCAGGACCUGCAACAGGUCGGCGUGAGGAUCAACUACCGGAUGCAGCGCUUUCUCAUCAUUUCCGGCAUGCUGUGCUUUCUGUGCGGCAUUUUUGGCACCCUGACGCUCGUCUACGUGUACAAAAUAACGGUCCUAAACAAUCAGCCCUCGUUUAAUGGCCGCUGGUACUACAAUGUGUUUUCGUUCGUCUACUACAACACCGCGUUUCCCGCCAUCACGAGCUACUUCGCCAUCAUGCUCUGGUUCCUGCUCGUGCGCUUCCAACGACUGGCCAUGGCAAUUAGAAUGUACUUCCCAACGAGCCCCUCGGCCAUCGGCAGUCGCGGUGAGUUCGCGAUCUGCAGCGAAAAAGAGCAGAUUAAUGUGCUGAAGCAAAUCAAGAUCCUGCACGACAAACUGAACGACGUCGUCGAGCUCGUUAAUUACUGCUUCUCGGUGCAGAUCACAUUCUGCGUCGGGCUGUGCUUCGUCAUCGGAGUCGUCUGCUCGUUCGGCCUGUUCCGCGCGUUCAUCUACCGCAACGAGCUGUUCUACAUGGGCGUAUUGAAUUUCAUCUGGUACAUGUACUAUCUGUUUUUCGUCCUGUUCUUCAUCGCCGUCGGGAGCAAAAUAACGCGCGAGGGCAAACGAAUCGGCAUCCUGGUGCACAAGGCCAUUAACUGUUCCACUUCGGAGGGCGUGAUUAGAGAACUAAACUUAUUCUCUCAGCAGUUGCUCCAUCGUAGUCCCGUCAUCACGUGCGGUCUUUUCGUCUAUGACUGGACACUUUGGUACACGAUGAUUGGCGCCACGGCGACGUACCUCAUCAUCUUGAUACAGUUCGAUGUCUCCUUUCCUAACUUGGUUAACGUUAACGCAACUGCGGCUUACCGUCACGGCACAUAG